CUCCAUCUCACAACAACCUGUUAAAAGUAAAAGUUUGUGAUUUUCACGUACGUACUGGCAGGACUUUCAAAAUUCCGUAACCCAACUUUCUGUAAAACGGUUUAAUAGAUUUUUAUUGCAGUUUUCUAUUAAAAUGAUGUGCGACGGCAGUAAUUCCAGUCCCUGUCCAAGCAAAGCGAGGGACCAACUUGAUAUGGACCUAGGAGAAUCAAUUUUAAUAACUCAUUAUGUGAGUCCUCAGCAAUUUAGCUAUGUUAGAUGCAAAGAUGUGCUGGCAUCCGCCUCGUCUUUACGCCAAAUAGAGUGUGAUUUAGCGGAUUACUGCACCAGAAAAUUGCCGAAGCAUGUCUAUCAGAAUUUUCAACCAGUCAUUGUGCGCUACUUGGCUUGGAAUCCGCCCAAGCUCCUAAGGGGUGUGGUGCGUAGGCGGCUGGAGGCCGAUCAGUACCUGAUCUGGCUUCAAGAUUACGGAUUCACCUUAAGCUGCCCUGUUGAUGAACUGUGGCCUCUGCCUGAUCACUUAAGUCGCCGUUUCUGGGACAUCAAAUGGGGCGGCGUGGCGUUUAUCACCCCCCAUGAUGGCAGUGCCUGGUCCCAAUCAGCCAUUCGAUCCUUUGACAAGCAGCUGGAGGAAGCUAUCCAGCUCACAUUUCAAGUCUUAUAUCGAAGUUCAACGAAUCGAGAUUUCGGCCAGCUUAUGAUUAGAUCCAACAGCCACAGUGAGUCUUUUAAGGAUGCUGCAAAUUUUCUAAUAGAGCGGGAGCAUGCCCUCUAUGAUGACACGAUUUUGUUAAUGGACACACCUUCCUAUGAUGAUUUAAGCUUGGAGCUGGCCGAGAUCAACUACUUGGGGCUCGAAGCACGGCCGCGUGUUAAAGGCAUUUUUGAAUUAGUGGCUGGCAGUCAAUCCUCUGAAAACUCCAUGAAACUUCAGCCAGUUGUGGUGUUGCAAAAGCCCAUUAACACUGAUUUAUCUUUUGUCAAUUGUAAGACAUUGGAGAAAAAAGAGUCAUCAUUCGUUGCAUUAAAGGAAGCGAGACGGAAUCUGACCCGCCCGGAGACUCAGCACCAGAAGCUGGACGGGCUUCUUCAGAGUCGCAACCCCUUACUCAUACCGGAAACUAGCAAGGUCCUGAGCAAAAUUCAAAGCAUCCGCGACUGUUCCGUGGAGACUGCUCUUAAUAGCAGACCAACAAACAAUAAUCAAGAAGCUCUGACAUCAGAUAAAAUUAAUCUAUUUGAGAAAAGUAGGAAGUUGGAAAGUAGACAUAAAGAUAUCGAUAACCUAUCUGAUUGUUUGCCAAAAUUGCAGCUAUCACCAAUUAAGCAAACCGCUACCCAAUUGAAUCCUAUUGUUGUUAAGGAUACGGCGUCAUCAGCCUCGUGUGGAUCGUUAGAGAACUUAGGUGAAUCUUUAACCUUAUCUAAUUCAGAAAGGCUUCCGCCGGUGAUAUUACCUAAGCCAAAAUUUGUGCCUACUUCCGUGAUGUUAAAACUGUCUGCUCCUCCAUUGGCAAAAGCUUUGCCUGCAUUUGCAAAUGGAAAUGGACCUGACCCCUUGAAUUCUCGAUCAGUAUCCUUCUGCAUGAAUAAAAUGGAACGCAUUUUUAAUGACAUGCUUGGCAAGAAGAAUGACAACAGAAUAACAAAUUCUAUUCCCCCAACUUUGGUAAGGAACUCGGGGAAGAAACUUAUACCCGUCGUAGGAAAUAAAGAUAUUAACGUUGCAAGCUCGGUGCUAGCCCACAGCCACGUGUCAGUGGAUCCAGUCACAAGUUUUAAGGAGAUACCUCUUCGCAAGGAGAUUCAGAUGGCCAUGAACAAUCUGAACUUUCACACACCAUUGGUGACGCAAGGCUACGCCUGGCCGCAUCUCGUGCAGGGCGGAUCCCUCAUCCUGGUGGAUGGCUCGAGAGCAGGUCGCUCCUGGAGUUACUUGCCCAUUAUUUGCUCCUCGGUGUUGCGUUCCAUGCAGGACACUCCACCCAACUGUUUGGAGCGGGUUGCCUGUGGUCCCCUGACCAUCCUGGUUGUGGAUUCUGUAGACAAUGCCAACAAAUUGGUCUCCCAUUGCGACUUCUUGAUGAGGGACUACGACACCCAGCACCUGAAAGUGGUCAAUACUCAUGCCCAUGGCAUGACUGAUGUACACUUGAUGCUGCUCAACUCGUGCGGCGUUUUAGUGACAACGCCGGCGCAUUUGUUAGAUAUACUAAAUGUCGAUGGAUUAACUCUACUGGAUCCGGUUAGGUUGGAGUACCUAAUCUUCGACGACUUCGAUCGUAUGCGUCUGGGAAAUUCGCAGCUUCUUGACGAAGUGCUGCAGAAAAUAAACGGCAUGGGCUGUCAAGCGAUGCAGUUGGUCGUUGUGGCUCAGCAAUGGAAUACAGAAAAAUUCAAAAAGCUCCUGAAGCGAGCAAUUAAACCACUGAUUGUUUUUGGAGACUUCUUCGCGGCUGCCAUGUAUGGGGGUCUAAAAUUGAAGUUCAUCCUGAGAAAUUCCGCCUUGAAGCAGCAGCAGCUCCUCGAUAUCCUGCAAGAACAAAAGGCACCAAGGAAGCGUACACUGAUCUAUUGCAAUAGUCAGGAGUUGGAUGAUCUGAAAAUUGCUCUGACCGGAGCAGGACAUACAUGUGUGGGCAUUUCAAAGGCAAUGCAUCAGGAACCGCACGAAUUGUUGCUGAUCAGCGACAGCCAGCUCCAGGAACAGCUGCCUGCGAGAAACAUUGAGCUGCUUAUUCACUUCAGUCUUCCGGAGUCCUGGUCGAAGUUUGCCUAUCGAUUCCACACCAUGGCGGACAUCAUUCGAAAUGUUUUGAAGACACCACUGGAAAACGUGCAGCCCUUGAUCAGCUUCUUGCUGCUAGACGAGGGGAACUCCAGGGAGUGGCCUCGCACCAUAAAGUUCCUUGAGGAUCACGGCGUCGAUACGAAGGAGUUGAUGUCCCAAUUUAUGUGCACCACCCAGCAGAAAUCGGUUGACAGUCUUCUCUACUGCCCGUACCUACUGAGCAGCGGCGAGUGUAACCAAAGCUUAUGUGAUAAGCGUCACCACCACGUUAAUGCUGAUUUCCCGUAUCCUGGUAAUCCCCUGCAGCAAUCGGGGACCGUAAUCCGUUGCAAAUUACACAAAGCCUACACCGCAGCUCACAUGGCCGUCUUGCCCAUAAAGUACAAGUGCAAAGGUUCACCCAGUUGGAUGGAUGUGCCUUAUCCUUCCAAUCCAUCGACACUAAUGCUAAAAAUGAGCUUGAGAGUGCCCCAAAAGAUACAUACCCCAUAUUAUCUUAAUGAUGUAUGUUUUGUGCUGUAUCACGGACACUUGCGGAGGGUAAGAAUCGUAGAUAUCCCUUCCAGACGUCCGGUCACUGUCCAAUUUAUGGAUCAUGGCACUGAGCUAGUGCAGAUCAAGCCCAGUGAGUUGCUGGAAUGUCCGGAGAAGUUUAGGACCCAGCCUCCUCUGGCCAUGGAUAUUCGUUUGUCAGGAGUAGUGGCAGCAGGAGAGGAGGGAAAGUGGUCGUCCGACUCCAUUCGAUACGUAGACGAAAGCUUUGGUCCCAUUGAUGGACAGGUAAUGCAGAUAACCGUUGACUUUGCCGUUCUGGAUGUGGUAUAUGUAAGGGAAAUCGCUUUGAUAGAAGAGUGCAGAACAAUGCAAACAAGUGUGUACAAAAUCUUUUUGCGCAAGGAGCUGUUUCGUCGAGGUUUCGCUAGGUUGGACAGCAAAGUCAUCGAUGCACUGCGAACCAUGUCUGAGGAUCGGAAAGAAGAAAUCGAAAAGUUGAUUGCCAACAAAGAAAACAUUGGUUAUUUUAAUGUAAUUACCGAUUUGGAGGACCCCGAAAAGGAUCUCCCUUCUGCACCAAUCAGCGAAGUGAAUAUUUUUAAUGGAGCAAGUCAAAAUGCCGAUAUUACUAUGCCCCUCCAGGAAAAAAUGAUGACAGCAGUUGACCAAUAUAUAAAUGAUAAGGUGUCAGUCAAAACUACCGAAAAGAAAAAUAUUGUCGAAGAGAAAGAUUCCUUAAAAACUUUAGAGGAUGGUGAAAAGGCAGUUAAGGAAAAUCAGGCGCAGGUCGAUUCUUCGUUAGACAGUUCGACUGCAUUCUUAAACGCCCUGACUUACGAGUUGAACACUAACAGCCCUUCGAAGAAACAGCAUACUCAAAAAUUCCUUCACAGCAUUGUGAAUGAGCAAGAAAAUCAUGAAAUCAUCCCAUUCAAAAUAUCCUGCGCAAAAGCGUUGAACAGCAAUAAAUCUGCUCAAGCAGGCCCCAAAGAUCCAUCGAAGGACCAAGUAUCGCAAUCCUUGCAGUGUGGCACGAAAGCUGGAGAGUCAGUGUAUCCCAGGGUCAAAUGGCACCAGACCCACACAUAUAUCGAACUAGUAAUUGAACAGCAGGCGUCAGACUAUAAUCUCAUUGUACAGGGUAAUGUCUUAAAGUAUAGCGUGACAACCACUUCUCCUCCUCAGAGAUGCGUCCUGAAUCUUCUGGGCGAGGUUGGGAUUGAAACACAAAAACAACUAGGGUAUUACUUGCAUGUUAAGUUGACCAAGGUUGAUUUACUAGUCUACUGGCCAACACUUCUCAAUUCGCUUUACACUCAACAACAAUCCCAAUGGUUGAUCUAUGAUACGGAGAGGGCUCAAGGACCUCCACCGUCAGAGGGUCUGGGGUUUUGGGAAGGAUAUCUUAGUAAGGAGAUAAGUAAUAACAACUCCAAUCCAGACGAAUACGAAUUUAGCUCUUCUUCGGAAGACAUCUCCCAGCCGGGAGUGGAGUAUUGCGACUUGGAUUCGGCCUUGUAUGAAGAUAUUUAGUGUUAUUUUCCUUAUAUGUAUAUUCAAAUGUUCUACUUAACCAAGAUAUUCAUAUUAAUAUUAAUUUUCACAAAUGGCCCAAUUCAUUUUAUGUUUUGAUCUAAAUAAAUCUACCCACUUAAAUAUCAUUAAAUUGUCACAGUUUCCUAAAGGGUAGCAAAAGUAUCGAGCACAAUUGCUAUCGCUACGACAUAGUAUACAUCGAUACAAUUUAUUUGCUUUUCAUUUUAGUACUUAUACUUUGGGUAUUCCCAAAACGUAUGAAUCUCUAAAUUCUUGCUGAAAUUGUCAAAAAGCUGUUUCACCAAACAGCCGUUACAGCUACUGUUUAAAAAUUUUCCUAGCUUUGAUUGUCUUAGCUAUGGCUUGACUUCAAAGAAAACGCCCAGGAAAAGUAGAAAGUCGAACGGUUGGAUUUAAUAACAAGCUAGGGACUGUCUAAUCUUUAUAGGUUAGGUCCAGUGUUGCCUUCUUUAUUUUAGUAGGAAAGAGCGACUACCC